AUGAAAAUGGAUAACUCUAAAACUGUAAAAAAAUAAAGUAAAAUUAGCUAUGAAGAGCUAGUUCAAAAAAGCUAUCUAAUGCUAUGCUUAAAGUGUUUUAAACCUCAGUUCGAAUUUAAGAAAAUCGUUUAAGAGACUCUUUCUUACGAAGAAAAUUAAAAUAUAUUCUGUCAUGUAAUAGUCUUUGAUGUCAAAGAAUAAAAGAAAAAAAUGCUGAUAGUUUUAAAGUCUAAAGGAAUUGAAUAUUUAGAAAAAUAUUAAGAAAUUUUUAACAAAUCUUUUAGAAAUGACAUCUUUUUAAAUUUGUUAGACUAAUACUUUUUAGAUACAGAUUAGCUCUUUUAUAUUUAUGAAAUGGAGUAUUGCAAUAUGACUUUAUUACAAUUUAUAAACCUGUAUAAACUGGAUAGCAAUAUUUUUGAUCCUUUGUUAAAAGAAAUAGGUUAAUAUAUAACAAGUUAAUUUUAUGAAAAUGAUACCUAUCAUUGCAAUAUAUCAUAGUUUUAUGUAAACGUCAUUAAUUCUAAUAAGAUUGAAGUAAAAAUAAAUUUAAUUCAUGAAAAUAAACGCUCGAAUAGUUAUUUUACAAAUAACAAAGUUUCUCAUAAAGAUAAAGAUGAACUUUAAAUUGAAAAUGAUUCAAAUGAGCUAGAAUUAGAACAAACAGUUUUUCAAGACUUGGCAGAUAGUGAAAAAAUAAAAGGGAUAUUGAAAGAUUUAUGUGAGCAAGUUAAUGUUAAAAUAAAAAAGAAUGACUUGUCUGAUUUAAUUUAAGAUAAAUUUUCAAAAAUUUUACAAUUUCAUCAAUUAGAAAUUUUUUCGAUUAUUUAGUAACAUCCCCUUUAUGAUGCUUUUGAGAUAAAAAGGUUGGACAAUAAUUAUUUUGAGCUCAUAGUAUAAAAGAGGGGCUAAAAAAUCAGAUUAAUAGCUGAAAAAUUUAAUUAAAUCAGUAAGGCGGAAUAGGUGAUAACGAAACACUAAUAUCUCAUAGAAAAUAAAAAAUAAUUAUGUUCUAAUUUUAUACAAUCUGAGAUAAUUACUGUUGAAACAGGUUUUUACAUUUUAGCUGAAAAAAUUUCAAUUUAGGACGAUUAAAUAAGUGUAUAUGAUUUAAAAUGUGCUCCGAUAUCUUAAUUAAUCUAAUUUUGUUACAAUCUGCUAAUAAAUAAUGGACUAUCAAUAAAUAAUAUUCCUCCUUCAAGUUUGUUAGUUAAAACUCAAAAAAAUUAACAAAGUUAGGAUAUCUUCGAUUUUUAUAUCGAUGAUAUAAGCUUAAGUGAUUAUUCUUCUGAAUAUUGUGAAAUUUUUUUAGAUUGUAUUUUUAAUUAAUAUGAUUGUGAUAAAGUUGGUUUAACAAAUCAUAGAGGAAUGUUGAAUAAUUUAGCAAAGACAUUCUUUUAAAAAAUAAAUGAAAAAUCUCUUUAGGAAGUUUCUAGCUUAUAUAAUUACAUGUAAAGUUUAAUCGAAAAUAAUGAUCUCCUUUUAAAAAGUGAUUUAAAAAUAAAAAUAUCUAAAAAACAUAUGAAUUAAAUAUCUGUAAAUUUAGAUUAAUGUACAAGUCUCGAUUCUGUUUUAAAUCUUUAGAACAAAAAUUAAUUUUUUAAAAUUACUAAUUUGAAAUUGGAAGAUGAUUCAUUCAAAAUUAAAUAAAAAUAUAUAUUAGGUAUGAUAAAUGAUAACCCAGAAGAAAAUAGUUUUUAUAAAUAUUUAAAAGAAAAUGUAAAAGAGCUAAAUACCUUUUUCUCAACUUAUGAGAGCGAUUUUAUAAAAUAUUAUUCAAAAUAAUUAAGUGAAUUUUUACUAAAAUAAACAGGCGAAUUAAAAAUUGAAUUCAAUGUAUAAAAUUUUAGUUAAGAUUAAACCAUUUAAAAAAUGAAACAUGAAUAACAGAAUGAGGACAAAGAACAAAAUCUUGAAAAUUAUACUCAAGCAGAUUUAUUAACCAAUUUUAGAUAAUAAAAUAUAAUUAACCUAGCUGCUGGUAACAUAGAUUUAAAAUAAUAAGAUUUUAAUAUUAGCCAUAUCAUAAAUUUAAACGAAUUACAUUAAAAAGAAAUUAAUUUUCUUUAACAUUAUUAAUUUGCUAUUUUAAAUAUUAAGUUAUCUCGUUUUAGUGAUCCCUUAGCAAUAAAAAUAUUAAUAUUUGAUGAUAACAUGUAUUAUUUAAUAGGCAAAGGACCUUAUAUUAUUUUUAACCUUCAAGAGUUUUAAAGUUUUAAAGAGCCUUUUGAAGCCCAAUUGCAUUUAGAGUAAGGCUUAAAUAUAUUUGGAUCCAGCUACAUAAAUGAAUAUAAAUAAAAUAGAAAUAUUACAAUAGGAGCAAAAUUUAUAUCAGAAUUUACUCAUCUAUAGCAGUUAAGUCUAAUAAUAAAUAAUUAUGAAGCUUAAUAAUUUGAUUUAUCAGGUUGCUAAUAAAUUCAGUAAUUAAACAUAAUAUUAGGUUUUUAUUUGGGGGGAAAUUCAUAAAAGUAUAAUUUAAAAAAUAUUAUCAAAUAAAUAGAUUCAACAAAUUGUAAUAAAUUAAAAUUUAUUUAUGUUUUUAAUGGAAAUCUAUAUAAUAAUUUUUCUAAAGAUUAAGUCAAUUUAUCACAAAUAUACAAAAUAAAAAGGCUAGUAACAGUAUCUUUUGCAAAGAAACUGGGUUGGUAUGAUGGAGACUCUAAAGGGAAUUUCAAUUCGGAAAGAGCUAAUGAAGAAAUAUAAGAACUUUAAUGGGAUUUUGAUAACUCUAUAAAUUCUAUAAAAUCAAAUAAAAUUUGA